AGUGCUUUCCCACCCGCACUCCACUCACCUGCAAACAUGCACGCCGCCUAAUCUCCGGCGCACAUACCUCACCAGGUUCCAGAUCUCCUCCCCAAACCAAGCUCGUCCUCACCAAGUCUAACCACGACGCAGUCCAGGGCCUAGCUGUGCCCGUGAGUGUAGGAGAUCGAUGGCCGGCGCCGACGGCCAGCGGCUCUGCUGGGACCUCUCGCGGCGGGCCGGCUCCUUCCUGCGCAUGGCGCGGCUGGCGCUCACCGGCGCCGCUCCGGCACAACUGGUCGUCGAAGAGGAGGUCGUCGACGGCCACAGCUGCGACCCGUACUACAAGAGCAUCAGCACGGAGGACAACGACGACCUCGAAUCCGACGAGCUUUGGCCGGAGGAGGACGAAUUGGAGCUGCUCGUGGACGGCGGCGAGGACGGUGGGUCAACGACGAGAGGCGUGUCUGAGAACAAGAAGCCCGAUCGGUUCGUCAGGCGCCGGCGUGCCUCGUUUCGUUCGAAGAAUGUCGCGGCGGUGGAGGAGUCGUCGGAGCCGUUGGUGCCGCGCCGCGCGGCGAAGCGGGCGAACGAUGCCGAGGUGGUUCAGCACCCUUUCGGGUGGGAUCGUCGAGGGAGCGAGUCGUCGUCGUUGCUGCUUGUUUCUUCCUAGUAUCUCGUCGUCUGACUGAAGAGAAAAGGAAGCGGCUGGCUGUGCUUGAAUCGGAGAAGCGAAAAGAUGUCCCUAGCCUCAGUUUCCUUUUUGCCAACACGCAAAAGUUUUGCGCGUCAAUUUCAUCCCUAGCCACUGUUGAUUAUACACGACACGACGCACAUCUGAAGUGACAGAGUGUGCAGGUUGUUAUGAAAGUGGGAUCAACCUUCAGUUGAGCUUGAGCAAUAUAUCUUCUGCAUUUUCAUUGGUGGA